AUGGCGCAACCAGUUUCUGACCAGACGCAAGCCUCCACCUCGGCGCCCGCCGUAACAUCACAGUCAAUAAAAGACAUCCUCACCACCAAGCUAGAGGCACAACAUGUAGAAGUGGAAGAUCUCUCAGGUGGAUGCGGCCAAGCCUUUCAAGCAAUAAUUGUCUCCCCUCAGUUUGAGAGCAAGACAAUGCUCGCGCGACACCGGCUGGUGAACUCUGCCCUCAAGGCAGAGAUUGCUGCUAUCCACGCCUGGACGCCAAAGUGCUACACGCCCGAGCAAUGGGAGAAAGCAAAACAAUAG